CGCGUUUUCUAUUGUGGAUUCUGUUGGAUUGAUUUUAGGAUUUUGAAAGGAUUUUAUAAAAAACAAUAAUAUAAAACGAAAUGAUGACCGAUGCCGAUAUGAGAGAGGUUCGGUUAGAUGAAGAAAACAACCGUUCUUCUGUAGAUUUGGAUGCUUCAUCCAGACCAUCUGUUGAUGUUGAAAUGAAUAUGGAAACUCCACAUACCAUUGGUAACUAUGCCCAAUUGGACUUGGAUAGUUCUAAACCAAAACUUGCUCGUAAUCCAUACAUUUCACUUCUUUUCCACAACAAGAGAUUUUUGAUUAUUUGGAUGGCUGGUGUUUUGUCUGGUAUGGGUAACUAUUUCUCUGAAAUUGGUAUUGUAUACGAAGUUGAACACAGAUCCAAUGUUGGUUUUGCCACUGGUGCUGUAUUUUUGUGUAUCUUUGCUCCUUCCUGUUUCGCUAUGCCUUUUGCUGGUGUAUUUUCCGAUGUUUUUGAUAGAAGAAAAGUUUUAAUUGUGGCGAAUAUUUUGAGAGCUAUCCUUGCUUUUUGUUUACUUUUUAGUCAUUUAAUUGAAGAAACACCAAUAUUGUUCGGGUUUUACUAUGUCAUUCUUGCCUUGAUUUUCUUUAUCAAUGCUUUUUAUGAUGCUUCUCGUGGUUGUUUACUUCCUCUAGUUGUGGAUCACAACGAUCUGGUUGCUUGUAAUGCUCUUGAUAGUUUGACUUGGUUAUUCUGUUCUUAUACUGGUGCUGCUAUUGGUGGUUUUGUCACAACUCUCACUAAUUUGACUGUCACUUUUAUUGUUAACGGAAUACUCUUUGUUCUAGCCUUGCUUUUGACCAUUUCAUUAAUGUGGUUCCCUGAAUUGAAUCCUCCAAAGCCUGCAGAUUUCCCAACAAAGCCAAUUCCAGUUAUCAAACACAGUGUUGUUGAAUUAUAUCAAGGUUUCAAGCUUUUAUUUAGUGGAAAAGGAUACUUGUUGAGCUUUACUGUCAUGAAAUUAUUGGGUGCAUUGAUUUGGGCUUCUGUCGAAUUUAUCAAUGUUAAAUUGUCUGAAUUCCCAACCUUGACAUUAUUUGACAGUGCUGAAGCUACAAUGACAUUUGCUUACUGCUUGUUUGGUGUUGGUUCUGGUAUUGCUCCAAUGGUUUGUGAAUUGAUUUUGGGUAAUAGAAUUAGACGUUCAGUUAGAAGUGCCUUCUGGACUAGAUUUGUAAUUCUAGUUUCCUUCUUCAUGUUGGCUGUUGGUUUUGCCUUAAUGACCUUCUCUGUUCAUGCAUCCAUGUUUAUUGCCGCUAACUUUAUUCUUGGAGCUGCUGGUGGUACCAUGUGGGUCUAUAGUAUGUCUUCAAUUGAACAUUUGACACCAAAUAGUUUUUUGGGUCGUAUUACUGCUUUUGAUAUUUGCUUUGGUUUUGGAGCUGGUCAAGCAUUGGGUGUUAUGAUUCCAUCACCAUUACUUAACGAUAUUAUUGGUAUCAAGUCACCGCAUCUCUUUGCUCUUGUAAUGUUCUCUCUUUCUUGGAUUUUAUUUUUGUUUUGGCUUGUCUGGUUUUAUUUGACUCGUGGUAUUCAUCAACACCACGUAGAAGGUCAUGGAAGUCACUCUGAACAUGCUGCCACUCACUAAAUUUGUAGAUUUAUCGAUACAUAUGGUAUGUUUUCUAGAAAUUCUACUCCUCCAAUAUCAAAAAUAAAAAAAUAAAUUGUU